CACAAUUCAAGGAGGAAAUAUAAAAGGGAUAGUGUGUGUAUGUGAGUGCGUGCUGUGAGUUGUGACUUCGGAUUGAACGAAUCAGGUUUAGUCUCAACUCAACUCAACAAGCAUCAUCAUCGUAUUUGAGUUCUUAAGGUUGUCGUCUGAGGUUUCCCAACCAACAAUGAUGGCUUCUGCUUCCUUAAUCAACUCGUUGACUUGUUCUUCGCGUGCUUCCAUUCGUUACUGUUUAACUCGCACAACCAUCACCACCACCACAUCACUGAGAUUAGGGAACGACCAGUGUCUGAGACCACUCACGACGAGGGUCUCUUCAACUUCCCCAGUUGUCUGCAAAGCUGUCUCUGUUAAGCCCCAAACCGAAAUUGAGGGUCUCAACAUUGCUGAAGAUGUUACCCAGCUCAUAGGAAAAACACCAAUGGUUUACCUGAAUAGUAUCGUGAAGGGCUCUGUGGCCAAUAUUGCUGCAAAGCUUGAAAUAAUGGAGCCAUGUUGUAGUGUCAAGGACAGGAUAGGUUAUAGUAUGAUACUUGAUGCUGAGCAGAGAGGAGUUAUAACGCCUGGGAAGAGUAUUUUGGUGGAACCUACUAGCGGGAACACAGGAAUUGGUCUUGCCUUUAUAGCAGCUUCAAAAGGAUACAAACUCAUUUUGACAAUGCCUGCAUCAAUGAGUUUAGAAAGACGAGUUCUUUUAAAAGCAUUUGGAGCUGAGCUUGUUUUAACUGAUGCAGCAAAGGGUAUGAAUGGAGCAGUUCAAAAAGCUGAAGAAAUUUUAAAAAGUACACCCAAUGCAUACAUGCUUCAACAAUUUGAUAAUCCUUCAAAUCCUAAGAUACAUUACGAAACAACUGGCCCUGAGAUAUGGGAAGACACAAGAGGCAAGGUAGAUAUUUUAGUUGCCGGAAUUGGAACUGGCGGAACCAUUACUGGAGUUGGUCGAUUCCUGAAAAAACAAAAUCCAAAAAUACAGGUUAUUGGUGUAGAGCCUCUGGAAAGCAACAUACUUUCAGGUGGAAAGCCAGGACCUCACAAAAUUCAGGGUAUUGGGGCUGGUUUUGUGCCCAGGAAUUUGGAUCAAGAAGUGCUUGAUGAAGUUAUAGCGAUAUCGAGUGAUGAAGCUGUUGAAACUGCAAAGCAAUUAGCACUCCAGGAAGGCUUGCUGGUGGGAAUUUCUUCAGGAGCUGCUGCCGCAGCUGCAUUGGAGGUUGGAAAGAGACCUGAGAAUGCGGGAAAGCUUAUUGCGGUUGUAUUCCCCAGCUUUGGUGAAAGAUAUUUGUCUACUGUUCUUUUCCAGUCAAUUCGAGAAGAAUGUGAGAAAAUGCAACCUGAGCCAUGAAACAACUUUCUCUGUUAAAUCUCCAUUAGCAUCCACCAUGUUGUAAGGCAUGCCAAUGUGACACGGCUACGUUAUGUCUGUUAUUUCUCAUUUUUGCCAUUUAAGAAAUUAGAUACAGCAUGUCACUGAUUUGACUCAGCGCAGAUAAAUGACUCUUGAACAAGAGUUCUUUUCCUUUGUUUUUAGGGUAAAACUUUCAGAUGUAUGACUAGCAUUACUCUUCUUUAUGUAUUAAUGCACAACAAAUUUCUGUAUUAUUUUCCUUGUUGAAAAUUAAUUGAUGAAA